UGACCCCCCAGACCAGUAAAUUUCCACCCCCUGCUCAGACCCUGGCCACCACCACACCCCCGAUUCGCCCCCUUUGCCCCUUUUUAAUCCCUGUCAAAAGCAGUCAGCAAAAUCCUACGGGUAUAAGGGCAGGGUGAAGGGCAGUGGCUUCAGCAGAUGUACUGAGCGUGCUCAAUACACGGUAAGCAGCACAUUUUUAGCAGCGCGCAGAGCGGACCCUGCCGGAAAGGAGCGCGGUAGGGGAAGGAGUUCGGGACGGAUUACCCCUCCCCCACGCUAUCGACAGGUAACAGGAGCGAUGUAGGAGGAUUCCAGAGCUGCACAUUAGCAAGGCCAGCUUUCCUAAUGGAAGAGACUCCCCAAGGGACAUUCCAAGAUGAGCUGGAGUGGUGUAUUUUGCAGCUGGAAACAGGCCUCCUUCGUCUCAAUCCAACCCCAAAACAAGCAGAGGAGACGCAGCACAUCCUCAAAGUCCUGCGCUCCCGCAAGGCUGCCUUUGUGAAGAAGCGGCAGGUGAUGAACCGCGUGUUUGGGGAUUACCGACUGAAGAUAGCCGAGGAGCAGAAGAAGAUGGAGAAAGCAGCCAUGAAACCUGGGAAAGCACAAAUACAGCAAGGGAAUGUGCAGGUUUCAGGGAGCGUGGUGUAUAGGAAGCGAUCUGGACAGACCUCUGAGUCAACAACAAACUGGUUCACACCAUCUGAUGAUAGCUUCCGAUUUAGCUUUGCACUUCCUGAGAUGGAUCCACAAGCAACCAGUGGAACUAUGGAAGAGGCCCAGGGGGUAGGUGGUUCUGAACGGAGGCCCUCAGAACUAGAUGAUUUGAGUGGAGUGUUGAACUUUUCCACCCCUGGACAAGAGCCCAAGUUUGCUUUCAAUUUUGUCAUCCCAGAUAAAGAUGGCAUCAGGGGGCCAUCUGUUACAGGCCAAAGAGCGGAGAGUGUAGCAGAAAAUGUGACAUCAGGUGGCUUAUCUGCAGGACCAAUUACGCAUUCAACCCUGUGGGAGGCUAACAUGCCUGAGGUUGUGGGCUGUGUGGCUGGAGGAUUGGGGAGAAAGGUUCUCGUUUUAGAGACCCCAAAACCAGAGAUCGCCGCUGAAGAUGAGGUUAAGGCAGAGAAGACAGCAGCAACUGGAGCACCCAAGAAGAAUAAGAAAAAGAAAUUAUCAAAUAGUAAGAAGGAAAUGGCGGAAGCUGAGGUCAGCAAGAAGGUGAAGGUGGGAGCCAGUGGGUGUGAAGACACAGAUUUGUCCCUCCAGGACAAGACCACGCAGCAGUCAGAUAAACAGCUGUGGAGGGAAGUGGACUGGUGUGUGGAACAGCUGGAACUUGGCCUGAAGACACAGAAAUCCACUCCAAAACAGGCUGAAGAAGUUCUUCGUGCCAUCAAGACACUACGCAGUGACAAGGCCGUGCUGGCAAAGAAGCGUCAGGUAAUGCGAGCCAUGUUUGGAGAUUACAAGAAGAUGAUGGAGGAGGAGAGACAGAAACAGCUGAAGCUUAUGCAGGCAGCUGCAAAGUCUGCUCAGGUCAUGGAGGUGAGGGAGAAUGCCCGCAGAAAGAGCAGCCAGGUUUUCCGGAAGUGUUCAGAGGCAUCCAGGAAAAGUCCAAGUUCUGCAGGAUCCCCUUCUCAUCCUCCCAGCCAUCCAGAGUCACGCCAGGCCUCUGGCACAAAUUCGUUCAUGUCCCCAACUUCCCAAGAGGCGUUCCGCUUUAAUUUUUUUUAGGAAAGUCCCUUGGACAUUUAUUGUUUUUGUUUAAUGGCUGAAAAUGUUGCCAAAAUCUGUAUAGUCUUAGAGGGUAGAAGGAUGCUGAGCAGAGUAAAAGGAUCAUGUGGGAAACAUGCAUAGGUUCAUAGUGAAAAGACACUAAGUGCCUUGGAUCAAGUGUCUAUAACAGCUCUAUCUAUAAUGCAUACAAUUCCCCAGACUCAGUCUGUGGGCUGGACUCCUUUCCUCAUACGUACCUUUGCUUGGAAACAAAUCCGAUAAGAAGAAGAUCUAUGGUCAGAGAAGGGAUAAGUAAAGGUGAAGAGAAGCUUAGCACUUUGAAGGCAAUUCUUCUGUUGUAUGCGAAGUGCAGCUGUCAUGCUGGCUGUAUGGAACAGAGUAACAAAGUAGGAUCGAAACUCCUUGUGGUUGUGGAAGCAGAGAAAGAACUGACAGGAAGGAACUGCAAUGCAUGACAGUUCAUUAGCAAGAGUCAGGCUAACUGUAACCCUAAUAACGCGAGAUUUGUAGAAACGAGGAUUGUGUGAGGUGAGUGGGAAAGAACUGUGUGAGAAGUUGUUGCAACCUUGUGUAAAUAAUGUGUAGAAAAUAUUGUAUGUAGGCUAGAGUCAAAACAAGUGAGAAAAAUAAGAUAUCUAGAUGGCCUAUGUAUGAACAAAAUGCAGCUGUUGCUUAUUGUCUGUAAUGAAAGGUAUAAAUGUUUGCUGUAAUUGUUUACCUGUAGAGAGACCUGCUUAGCUCUCUCCCUCUGCGCAAUUGUGAGAGAAAUAAAGCAUCUGACUUGCUGUACCCAAACAAAAAGUGAGAACUGUGGUUUUUCUCCGACAAUUUGGGGGCUCGUCCGGGAUGGCAACGCCCACAAAAGCACCGGCAGGUGCUACGGAUCGUUCCCCUUCAAACCCCAUGGCGCCACAAUAGAGGUAAGAGACCUUUUGAAAUCUCUAUUGGGGUGUCAGAGGUGGACUGUCCGUGGGGCCGUCUGUCCCUGUUGGGCUCACGCCAUCCGAACUUAUUGACUAUGCAGCAAGGUCAGAUGCUGAGCGGUGUAGGGGAAUUGUUUGCCGCCCCCUGUAUUCGUAUUAAACAUGAAAAAGCUGCAUCACUCCCAAAGUUCUAGCAUUUUGAUGCAGUUUACAAAGACACUGCAAUAAUUUUUUCCCAUUGCUGUAGAAUUAUGGUCGUCUUUUAUCCUCACUAGUUUUGUAGUCUCUAUUAGGCAAAUGUUGACUCUUUUGCUUCCAAAGAGCCUGGAAUUAAUAUAGCAGGAUUUUAUGGUAAACUGCUAUCUCCAAAGGUGGCAGGGGACAUGAAAACUGCUUCCAAAACUUGGGAGAGCCAUUCUGUGGGCUUUCACAGGUUUGUGCUUCAGACCUCUGUAAAGCUGUUCUAUAAAGCCAUAUUCCUUUCCCUGUGCUUCAGCAUGGGAGGAUCCAGAAUGCAGCUGUUCAGUAAAGGGGUACAUUACAGUUCCAAGCACAGAUACUUUACCUUUGUAAGUUGGAAAGUGGACUGAUCACAAGAAUGGGCUCUUCCACAGAUGCACUGUGUGACCCUGAGCAAGUUAUUCCAGCUGUAAAAUGGGGAUACUGCUUUCCUACUUCAAAGACUUGUUGAACAUUAGUUAAUAAAUAACUGCUGUAUAAGAAGCAAGCUUACAGCAGUUUUUAACUCCACUCUUGUUGCUUUCUCAUGCUCGAAGUAUCUCUGGACCAUUAUCAGUUGUUAAUGUAUCUCUUGACUAUUUUUGGUUCAAAUAGCACAAACCAGAUGCUGUGGGUUCCACAAAAAUGUUUAAUCGCAAAGACACAGUGGCUUUUAAUAAAAAAAAAAAAUCUAUUUGGAAUCUGGGGGACUUUCCUUGUCACUGUUUGUAAUAAUAUGGGGCCUACCCUAUGUGACUAUUCCAGUAAAUUAUGAGCGUCUCUUGGAUAUCUUCCACUCUCUGCUUUGAUUCUUUGUAGCCUUGCAUUGCUGGGCCUUUUGUGGCCACAUCUCUAAACUUGCUUGUGCAGUUGGCUUGGUGUGGUAGGACAUCUCACAAAGGAGUUGCUUUUGUACUUGGCUGAGUGUUAAUGAAAGUCUUGUAGCACAGGCUGACAGUCUGUUUUCUGGUGCUGGCUGAGUUACACUGAAAGUAGAAGUUUGUUCUGGUUUUCUUAUGAUCUAACCAGCCUUCUGCUGUAACACCCUACUCAUUUCCUUACUGGGGAAUUUUCAGCUCAUACUGCCUGUGUUGCUUCCUGGUGUGUAGGCUACCUCUACAAGUGAAUUGUGCAAAAUUGAGGCGCUCCAGCUCCUAAAGCAGGGAUCUCAAACUCAAAUCACCACGAGGGCUACAUGAGGACUAGUACAUUGGCCCAAGGUCCACAUCACUGAAAUCUUUUCAUACAACAAUACAAAAGUAUAGUCAAAAAUAAAAGAAUGAAGAGUAAUAUAGUAUGCUAUUAAAAGUCAAUGUAUUAACUUUUUUAA